AUGGCAGAAAAAGAUGCUUUUUCUAACGAGACGGAAAACAAACAUGAACGCUUCUUGGAUGUUGGUCAAGAACCUCGACGAAUGUUACAACCUAUCGAAGGGUAUCAAAAACUGUCACUCGUUCCCUUGGAAGACGCAGUCGAACCAAUUGUCUUUUGUUGUCCUGACAUUCGUCGACGUGUUUUCAUUGCGAUGUCAAAUUGUGAAAAUCCAACUGAUGGACUAAGUCAAGAUGAAUCUGCUUCAAUUUAUCUUUACACGAUGGAAUGGGAACCUCGUGAAGAAUGUCUCUAUUACGUUUUAAAUGCAACACUUCGAACUGAAAAUCGACAAAAGCUUAAACCUUGGUUUCUCUAUUUCAAACUGGUUCUCACAGCUCUUCAAAAGCUUCCACCUCAAAAAGCGACAAUUUGGCGAGGUGUAACACUCGAUCUAAGUCACGAAUAUGAAGUAGGAAAACGUUAUGUAUGGUGGGCAUUCUCAUCAUGCACUGAAUCGAUUGCUGUACUCGAAUCUGAUUUGUUUCUUGGCAAACAAGGUACUCGAACAUUGUUUAGUAUUGAAUGUAAUGAUGGAAGAAUGAUUCAAUCUCAUUCGUAUAUCAAUGUUGAAGAUGAGGUUCUUUUACUACCAGCUACUCAAUUUCAAGUAAAGAGUAAAUUGAAUCCUGCGCCUAGUCUUCAUAUUAUUCAUUUGAAACAAGUCGAACCACCAUUUCCUCUUAUUGAAUCUCCAUCAAAUACUCAAAAUGUUCAACUAACAACAAAUAAAGAAGUGACACCUUAUCGAAACGAAAAACUCGAAAAAUUGAUUGCUGAAUGCCCAAUGCACAGUGUGAUUGAUCUGAAUCAACAAGAACUGACCGAUUUAGACAUUCCGAUUCUCAUCGAGCGGAGCAUUAUUGAGAAACAAUGUCGUUCUCUUUACAUCCAUAAAAACAAGAUCACAAGCGAAGGAGCUCGGCAUAUUGGCAAGGUACUUGAAUCGAAUACAUCAUUAACAAUUUUAUCUAUGUAUACAAAUCGAGUCGCUAAUCAGGGUGUUCGUUGGAUCGCAAAGGCACUUCACACUAAUACGACACUGACUACACUUUCUCUUGGCAAUAAUGAAAUCACUGAGGAAGGAGCAAAAUAUCUCGCUGCAGCCUUAUACUUAAACGCAACACUACAGUAUGAUCAAAUAGCAUAG